AUUGCAGAUUACUACGAGCAGCUAGAAAAGAGACAGGUCUAUCCUAAUGUGGAACCGGGAUACCUGAGACCCCUCAUUCCAGACUCUGCACCUCAGGAACCUGAGAGCUUUGAGGAUGUCUUUAAAGACGUUGAAAGGAUAAUUAUGCCAGGGGUGACCCACUGGCAAAGUCCAUACUUUUUUGCCUACUUCCCUACAGCCAGUUCCUUCCCAGCUCUUCUUGCUGAUAUACUGUGUGGUGGCAUAGGAUGCAUUGGCUUCUCCUGGGCUGCAAGUCCAGCUUGCACAGAGCUGGAGACAGUCAUGAUGGAUUGGUUGGGAAAGAUGAUUAAUUUGCCUGAAGCGUUUUUAGCUGGGAAGAAUGGAGAAGGUGGAGGAGUCAUUCAGGGUAGUGCCAGCGAGGCUACCUUGGUUUCCCUGCUUGCUGCCAGAACAAAGACAAUCAGACGUGUCCGAUCAGAAAACCCAGAACUAACAGAGGCAGACAUCAUGAACAGGCUGAUGGCCUACGCAUCUGAUCAGGCCCAUUCAUCAGUGGAAAGGGCAGGAUUAAUUGGCGGAGUGAAGAUUAAAAAUAUCCCUUCAGAUGAUAAAUUUGCUGUUUGCGGAUCAGCCCUAGAGAAAGUUUUGCAGGAAGACAGAGCUGCUGGCCUUAUCCCAUUCUUUUUUUGUGCAACACUCGGAACCACACCUUGUUGCUCCUUCGACAAUCUGUUAGAACUGGGUCCUAUUUGCAACAAGGAGAACAUCUGGAUGCAUAUUGAUGCCGCAUAUGCAGGGAGUGCUUUCGUCUGCCCUGAAUUCCGACAUCUUCUCAAUGGAGUGGAGUUUGCAGAUUCAUUUAACUUUAACCCUCACAAAUGGCUCCUAGUGAAUUUUGACUGCUCUGCUAUGUGGGUGAAGAAGAGAUCAGAUUUAACAAAUGCCUUUAAAUUAGACCCUCUUUACCUGCAGCAUUGCCAUCAGGACUCUGGACUUGUUACAGAUUACAGGCAUUGGCAGAUCCCCCUCGGCCGAAGGUUUCGUUCCCUGAAAAUGUGGUUUGUGUUUAGAAUGUAUGGAGUGAAGGGACUACAAGAGUAUAUCCGUAAGCAUGUAAAACUGUCGCAUGAAUUUGAAAAAUUGGUACUUCAGGAUAAACGAUUUGAGAUCUGUGCUGAAGUCAUACUGGGACUGGUGUGCUUCCGACUAAAGGGCUCCAAUGAACUGAACGAGGCACUUCUUAAAAGCAUAAAUGAUGCCAAGAAAAUCCAUCUGGUUCCAUGUCACCUCAGAGAAAAGUUUGUGCUACGCUUUGCCAUUUGUUCCCGCACAGUGGAUUCAGAUCAUAUCCAUGUUGCCUGGAAGCACAUCUCAACACUAGCAACUGAGCUUCUGAAAGCACAACAGCAGCAGCAGUGAAGAUUAGGAGUGGUAGGAGGGGUGUUAAUGAUUUUUUCCAUGCUGCUAAGUUUUCUUUAGUGGGAAAGGGAGUAGAGGGUGGGGAAUGUGACAAUUGAUAUUCUAUGGCCCAUCUACACUAACAAAACUACUGUCAGCAAAUUGUGUUGUAACAUGGUCUCCUGACUGCAUCAUACCAUGAUUUUGACUUAGUGGUUGUGCUGUAGCCCCGUUACUAAGCGAUAUUAUGGUCCUGUAAAAAUCAGGGUUGUAUGGAGUUCUAUAACAUAGUUUUAACUCUAUUUGUUCUUACCUAUGGAGACAGGACCAAACUUACCUUAUUAUAACAAGGAGCACUAUUAUGUUACAGUUCUAUUUGUUACCAUAUUUUAUUUGUUUUGCAAGUGGCACUUGGAGACAUCUGCUUUCCUAGAAGGGAGAGCCAGCAGCAUGAGCGAAAUUAGAAAAAUCAAAUAGCUCUUGAUGUAAUAGUUUACUGUGGCUAUUCCCCUAGCUUUCCUUCAAAAAAGGCAGCUGCCCUCUUAAAAUGCAAUCUUCUGCAUAUUGCUAAUUCUGUCUGCCUACAUUGGUACUUAUGUGGCCUGCAUCAGUGUAGUAUCUGCUUAACUAGUGCAGCAAGUAACUAGGGAGGACGCUCACCCUCUCAAACCCAGUCCUCAACCCACCUAAACCACUGGAUCUGCUACAGAAUGAGCGUCCCUACCCAACCACCCAUUCACUGGACAACCCCUCACCACCCCACUUCCCAACUUCAUCUGGGGCCCCACACACUCCCCAUUAUUCUCUUCGGGCUCCCCAUAAGCCAUGCUCCAAACCCCCCCCGCCCCGCCAUCCUGCGGAAUCCACUUAUUCUCUGCUCCCCCCACUGAAGGGUCUUGAAUGAUAUUCCAGAGGAUGAGGGCGCUCCACCAGCGGGCCCCAUCCGUGGGCCACGCCUAACGCUUCGCCACGGGCCAUACAACCAGGCUUCCAUGUGCAAGACUCCCCCUUACCCUAAACCCAAACCGGCUCCCGGAUGUACUUAUUCGCUUAACUACACCUGUAUCAAAAUGUAUACUGUGCUGCUUGUACUGUUUGUUCGCAAACAUUCUCUCAAUAAACGUCAAUCUGCUUAACUAGUGCUGCAAGAAACCAGGGAAACAGAAACACUUUUAAACUAAGGAAUGCACAUAUUUUAUUUGUAUUUGAUUCCCUAAUAAAAUGUUUGUAGGCGUAUUGGCACUGGAAUCAAGUGCCAACCUUUUGGCAUAUAGAAGAACCAACUCAAUUCUUAAAAUAAUGAAAACAGUUUAAAUGUAAAGGGUUUUGUUCUCCCGACUACCUGCAUAGAGCAAAGGGAAAAUGGACUCUUUCUUCGCCCUACCUUCCCCAGAUACCACCACUUCCCAUAGUGUAAUUCUUUGAACAUUUAAGAAUCUACUCCACUUAAAAGAAAAAAUUGACCUAAUAGGGUACUGGGCCAAAGAAGAUGUGGAGGUAAUUAGCAAUAUGCAGAAUUAGCAAUAUGCAGAACAUUGCUCCUGGAGAACAGGAGAAUCUGCAAGGCCUGAGUUGAUUUGGCCCCUUCCCAAGGCACUCCAUUUCCUGUUCUCAUUUGCUCCUUGGAGGUACAUCUCCCUUCCUCACUUUGCCCACUCUCUUCCUGCACUUUGCUUGGGCUGCUAAUCAUCCUACAGUGGUCAUGUUUUAAAUGUUUCUAUUGAUUUGAUAAAUUUUACAUUGAGGGAUUUCUUACAAAUUGAUAGACAUAUUUUAAGUGAGCGAUAGUAUAUAUAAAAUAAUUUUAAACUUGAGAAUUUUCGAACAGCAAAAUUAAUAUAUUAAUUUAUUUUUAUCAUCUCUACCAUUUAAGUGCAUGUCAAAAUUGGACAAUGAAAAUAGCCUUAUCAAUUUUGUUCUCAUUUUCUCAUGUACCAGCCUAAUGCUACUAUUCUGGGAUUUCUCAAACAUCAAGCACGUUUACUACCAAAGCUAUUUUCGUUCAUUAAAAAGAAAAAAAUUAAAUUUUGAAAACAGAUGCUAGAUUGACAAACACUUUUUCUUUUUGAGCCUAACCUGCUUAAAUCUAUAUUGCACUUACAGCAAUAUAAACUUCAAGCAUUCUCUUGCUCUGAAGAUGUAAGAGAGCAUUAAUUACUACAGUGCCUUUGAGGCAGUGUUCAUCAACUAACUGAAUACUAAUUAUUAAAAGGGAAUAGGGCUUUCUUUGGAUUAUAUUUUAUGUUGAUUUAAAACAAAUCAGUCUGUUCCAUAAUGAUCCAUCUUGAAAUGUUAUGUGAGGAUUUAAUCUAUAAUUGUAAUCUGUGCACUACGGCUAUGUCUACACUACAGAGGUUUUCUUUCGGAAAAAUGGCUGUUUUCCAAAAAAAAGUCACUUACAUC